AUGGCUACGACGAAAACAGACCAACAUGAGCAAAGAAGAAUCAAAUCAUUUGUACAACGUCUAUCACCAGUAGAUUUAAAAGAUGGUUUUCUGAGUUUCAAAACCAACUGCUAUAAACUACAUUACUACGAAACAGCAACUGGUCAUAAAUUCGUGUUAAACACAGAUAACAAUGUUGGCAACAUUCGCGAUAUUCUACACCAAUUGUAUAGUACAAUAUUUGUCAAUUAUAUUGUAAAGAAUCCUCGUGCUUCAGCCGUCGACGUUAUCGAUUCCGAUCAAGAAAUCUUCAUUGAAAAACUAGACGAAUUCAUUAGUAAUUUAUCGAUUUUUUCCCAAACAAACAAAGCGUGA